ACCAGUACAUCAUACUGGGAGCUCAGAGGGACUCACUGGGUCCAGGAGCGGUGAAGUCUGGAGUUGGCACAGCGAUCCUUCUGGAGCUUGCUCGAACCUUCUCUGCCAUGGUGAAGAAAGGUUUCAGCCCCAGGCGCAGUUUGCUGUUUGUCAGCUGGGACGCUGGAGAUUUUGGGAACGUCGGCGCGACUGAAUGGCUGGAGGGUUACCUGUCCAUGCUGCACCUGAAGGCGGUGGCCUACUUCAGUCUGGAUCAGGCUAUCAUGGGUGACGACGUCCUGUCGGCGUUCUCCAGUCCUCUGCUGGUCGACCUGCUGGACGCUGCCAUCAGACAGGUGAUCACUGGCCGAUGGUGCCUGGAGGUUAUUUUUUAGGAUGCGAAUUAUUG